UAAGUCAAAGCCAAAACUUGAAGAAAAAAAUAUAAAAAAAUAAAAUAAGAAAGAAAAAAAAUUAAGAAAAAAAGAGUAAGGUGAGAGGGGAGCAAGUGCAGCGCUGCCAACGGCGACGGCGACGCGGGCAGCGGCACGGGCUUUGUUUUGGCUUCAGUUUUGGCCCAGCAGCUUCGACUUCAGUUCGAUUCGUGAUUCGUGAUUCGUGGUUCGCAGCUCUUAAGGCGCGCAAAGAAAAGCUCGAGCAGGCCCAAACCAACAGCAGAACAAUAUAUAUAUUUUUUUGAAGUGAGUUCUAGACUUGAGUGUUGGAAACUAUGUGGUUGCUACCACGCGCAGUGGGCCACUGAAAAGAAGAGUUCGAAAUCGGGCUGACAAAUAAAAGUUGCAAAAUACAAAAACCAGGAGCCCCCAAGACGUCAAGCAAACAACAACAACAACAACCAGCUAUGCCUGGCCCGGCUUUGUGGUCCGGAAUUAUGACACUGAGCCGUGGCCCGUACAGCGAGCUCGAUAAAAUGAGCCUUUUUCAAGACCUCAAACUCAAACGGCGGAAAAUCGAUUCGCGAUGCAGCAGUGACGGCGAGUCCAUAGCGGACACGUCCACCUCGUCGCCGGAUCUGCUGGCGCCCAUGUCGCCGAAGCUCUGCGACAGCGGUUCGGCGACGGCGGCGUCGGCGGGGGCGUCCCUGCCCCUGCCCCUCCCGCUAACCCUGCCACUGCCCCUGCCGAUGACCCUGCCACUGCCCAUGUCGCUGCCCCUGCCCCUCGCGGCCUCCUCGUCGGCGGUCACCGUUUCGCUGGCAGCGGUCGUGGCGGCAGUGGCCGAAACAGGAGGAGCGGGAGGAUUGGGCGGAGCAGCGGGAACAGCGGUGACGGCCUCGGGAGCGGGACCCUGCGUCUCCACCUCCUCGACGACGGCGGCAGCGGCCACAUCCUCGACCUCCUCGCUCUCGUCCGCCUCCUCCACAUCCUCCUCCACGUCCUCCAGCACCUCCUCCGCCUCGCCGACGGCCGGAGCCUCCUCCACGGCCACCUGCCCCGCCAGCAGCAGUAGCAGUAGUGGCAAAGGGGGCAGCAUCAAGCAGGAGCACACGGAGAUCCACUCCUCGAGCAGUGCGAUCUCGGCGGCGGCCGCCUCCUCGGUGAUGUCACCGCCGCCCGCAGAGCCGGCGAGAUCCAGUCCAGCCACGCCCGAUGUGGGCGGACCAGCUGGCGCAGGAGGAGGAGGAGCAGCCGGUGGAGGAGCAGGAGGAGGAGCAGCCACCGGCGGCGGAGCAACGCAAGGAGUUGCAAUCAACGAACACCAAAACAAUGGCAACGGCAGCGGCGGCAGCAGUCGCGCCUCGCCCGAUUCGCUGGAGGAGAAGCCCUCGACCACGACGACGACGGGUCGUCCAACGGUGACGCCCACAAAUGGAGUGCUGUCCUCCGCCUCGGCGGGAUCGGGAUCGGGGAGCAGCGUGAUCCGCUCCGUGAAGGAGGAGCGCCUGCUCAGUGUGUCCAGCAAGAUGCUGGCCUUCCACCAGCAGCGCGAGCAGGAGACCAAAGCAGCGGCGGCGGCAGCGGCAGCGGCAGCAGCGGGACAUGUGACGGUUCUGGUGACGCCAUCGCGGAUCAAGUCAGAGCCCCCGCCGCCAGCCUCGCCCUCCUCCACAUCCAGUACGCAGAGGGAAAGGGAGCGCGAGCGGGAACGAGAACGGGAAAGGGAAAGAGAUCGGGAAAGGGAAAGGGAGCGAGAUCGGGAGCGGGAUCGAGAGAGGGAGCGGGAGCGGGAACAGUCCAUCAGCUCCUCCCAGCAGCAUCUGAGCCGCGUCUCCGCCAGUCCACCCACUCAGCUGUCCCACGGCAGUUUGGGACCCACCAUCGUCCAGACGCACCAUCUCCACCAGCAACUCACCCAGCCACUGACGCUGCGCAAGAGCAGCCCGCCCACAGAGCACCUGCUCAGCCAGUCCAUGCAGCACCUCACCCAGCAGCAGCAGCUCCACCUGCACCACCUGCUCGGCCAGCAGCAGCAGCAACAGCAGCAGCAACAGGCGUCGCAUCCGCAGCAGCAGCAGCACUCGCCCCACUCUUUGGUGCGGGUGAAGAAGGAGCCGAACGUGGGCCAGCGGCACCUGUCGCCGCACCACCCGCAACAGUCGCCGCACCUGCAGCACCACCAGCAGCAACAGCAGCAGCAGCAGCAGCAGCACCUGCACCAGCAGCAGCAGCAACAGCAGCAGCAGCAACACCACCAGCAGCAACAGCCACAGGCCCUGGCCCUGAUGCACCCCGCCUCGCUGGCGCUGAGGAACAGCAACCGGGACGCGGCCAUCCUGUUCCGGGUGAAGAGCGAGGUGCACCAGCAGGUGGCCGCCGGACUGCCGCACCUCAUGCAGUCCGCCGGCGGGGCAGCGGCGGCAGCAGCGGCCGCAGUGGCCGCCCAGCGGAUGGUCUGCUUCAGCAAUGCCAGGAUCAACGGGGUGAAGCCGGAGGUGAUUGGCGGCCCGCUGGGCAACCUGCGACCCGUGGGCGUGGGAGUGGGCGGCGGCAAUGGGGGCGGCUCCGUGCAGUGCCCCUCGCCGCACCCCUCCUCCUCAUCAUCAUCCUCGCAGCUGUCGCCGCAGACGCCCUCGCAGACGCCGCCCCGCGGCACGCCCACCGUCAUCAUGGGCGAGAGCUGCGGGGUGCGCACCAUGGUCUGGGGCUACGAGCCGCCGCCGCCCUCGGUGGGCCAGCCACAUGGCCAGCAUCCGCAGCAGCAGCAGCAGUCGCCCCACCACCAGUCGCAGCAGCAACAGCAGUCGCAGCAGCAGCAGCAGUCCCAGCAGCAACAGCAGCAGCAGCAGCAACAGCAGCAGCAGUCGCAGCAGCAGCAGCAGCAACAUUGCCUGUCCUCGCCCUCGGCGGGAUCCUCCUCCGGCGGCGGUUCGGUUUCGGGGGGUGGGGUGGGCGGACCGCUCACGCCCUCCUCGGUGACGCCGCAGAACAACGAGGAGGCCGCCCAGCUGCUGCUAUCCCUCGGACAGACGCGCAUCCAGGACAUGCGGGCCCGACCACACCCCUUCCGCACCCCGCACGCCCUCAACAUGGAGCGCCUGUGGGCCGGCGACUACUCGCAACUGCCACCUGGCCAGCUGCAAGCGCUCAACCUGAGCGCCCAGCAGCAGCAGUGGGGCAGCAGCAACUCCACGGGUCUGGGCGGCGUGGGCGGCGGUCUGGGCGGACGCGGUUUGGAGGCGCCACACGAGCCCACCGACGAGGACGAGCAGCCACUCGUGUGCAUGAUCUGCGAGGACAAGGCCACCGGCCUGCACUACGGCAUCAUCACGUGCGAAGGGUGCAAGGGCUUCUUCAAGCGGACGGUGCAGAACCGACGGGUCUACACCUGCGUGGCGGACGGCACCUGCGAGAUAACCAAAGCACAGCGCAACCGUUGUCAGUAUUGUCGAUUUAAGAAGUGCAUCGAGCAGGGCAUGGUGCUGCAAGCCGUUCGCGAGGAUCGCAUGCCCGGCGGACGCAACAGCGGAGCCGUCUACAAUCUGUACAAGGUGAAGUACAAGAAGCACAAGAAGACCAACCAGAAGCAGCAGCAGGCCGCCCAGCAGCAACAGCAGCAGCAGCAGGCGGCGCAGCAGCAGCACCAGCAGCAACAGCAACACCAGCAGCACCAGCAACACCAGCAGCAGCAAUUGCACUCGCCGCUGCACCACCAUCACCAUCCGGGCCACCAGUCGCACCACGGCCAGCAGCAGCACCACCCGCAGCUGUCGCCGCACCACCUGUUGUCCCCGCACCAGCAGCAACUUGCCGCCGCGGUGGCAGCAGCUGCGCAGCACCAACAGCAACAGCAGCAGCAACAGCAGCAGCAGCAGCAACAACAGCAGCAGCAGGCCAAGCUGAUGGGCGGCGGGGUGGACAUGAAGCCCAUGUUCCUGGGUCCAGUUCUCAAGCCGGAGCUGCUGCAGGUUCCGCCCAUGCACAGUCCGGCGCAGCAGCAGCAGCAGCAGUCGUCGCCGCAUCAGGCCUCGCCGCAUCUCUCGCUGGGAUCGCCCCACCAGCAGCAACAGCAGCAGGGUCAGCACCAGAACCACCACCAGCAGCCAGGUGGAGGAGGCGGUGGAGGAGCGGGCAGCGGAGGAGGAGGAGCCCAACUGCCGCCGCAUCUGGUGAACGGAACGAUACUGAAGACGGCCCUGACCAAUCCCAGCGAGAUUGUGCACCUGCGCCAUCGCCUCGACUCGGCGGUCAGUUCGUCCAAGGAUAGGCAGAUCUCGUACGAGCACGCUUUGGCCAUGAUCCAGACCCUGAUCGACUGCGAUGCCAUGGAGGACAUCGCCACGCUGCCGCACUUCAGCGAGUUCCUCGAGGACAAGUCGGAGAUUAGCGAGAAGCUGUGCAACAUCGGCGACUCGAUCGUGCACAAGCUGGUGUCGUGGACGAAGAAGCUGCCCUUCUACCUGGAGAUCCCCGUGGAGAUCCAUACCAAGCUGCUGACCGACAAGUGGCACGAGAUCCUCAUCCUGACCACGGCCGCCUAUCAGGCGCUGCAUGGAAAGCGCCGUGGCGCUGAGGGGGCGGCCAGCAGGCAUGGCUCGCCGGCGUCGACGCCGCUGGCCACGCCCACCGCCACGCCGCUGAGCACGCCCAUAGCCUCGCCCGCCCAGCCGCUCCACAAGGACGACCCGGAGUUCGUCAGCGAGGUAAACUCGCAUUUGAGCACCCUGCAAACCUGCCUGACCACGCUGAUGGGCCAGCCGAUAGCCAUGGAGCAGCUGAAGCUGGACGUCGGCCACAUGGUGGACAAGAUGACCCAGAUCACCAUCAUGUUCCGGCGCAUCAAGCUCAAGAUGGAGGAGUACGUGUGCCUGAAGGUCUACAUACUGCUGAACAAAGCAGAAGUGGAACUGGAGAGCAUCCAGGAGCGGUACGUCCAGGUGCUGCGCUCCUACCUGCAGAACUCCUCGCCGCAGAAUCCGCAGGCGCGGCUCAGCGAGCUGCUCUCGCACAUACCAGAGAUCCAGGCUGCGGCCAGUCUGCUGCUCGAGAGCAAGAUGUUCUAUGUGCCCUUCGUGCUCAACUCGGCGAGCAUAAGGUAGCAGAUGCUUGAGCACGGCCUGCUGCCCACCGCCAAUCACCAGCCGGCGCCACCACCAGGUCCUGAUCCGAUGCCGAUGCCGAUGACGAUGACGAUACCAAUCCUCCCGGAGCGGCAGCAGCAGCAGCAACAGGAGCGGCGGCGGAGCAGGCAGCAGCAACACCAGUUGCUGCGCGACCUGCCCAAGAUCAAGAUCGAGAUCGGGGCCCAGCGCGAACCGCAGGAGGAGGAGGAGGAGGAGGAGGAGGUGGAUGAACAGGUGGAGCAGCCGCAGCGGGAGCAGGAGAUGGAGCAGCAGGAGCAGGAGGAGCGGUCCCGAUCUCGAUCCCGAUCCCGAUCCUCGACCGCAUCCACGUCCAUUUUGAAGACUUCGCUGCUGAGCGGAGCGGCGGCCACAUUGGCCACCUUGACGGCGGCUGCCGAGCAGAUAGCCCGCUCCUCGGCCAGCAGCGACACGCCCAGGGACUAUUCCCAGAGCAGCAGCAACAGCAGCAGCAGCAGCAGCAACAGCAACACUGCCACCACAGCAACAGGGACUUUGGCCAGCGGCAGGACAGGCAGCAGCAACAGUUUAGAAGAGAGCAAAAGACUUGAGCAUCAACAGCAACCACAACAGCAGCAACAAUAUACAUCAAUACUACACACGGCCUUAAUGUCACAGCGUUCCAUGCCAGCAGCAACAGCAACAGCAACAGCAGCAGCAACAACGACGGAGACGACAGCAGCAACCACAUCGCCCACGCCUGCGCAUGUGCUGAAAACAGCGGUGACCUUAGCCAGUCUAAGCGAGAUAGCCACUGCACGCCAGCAGCAGCAGCAGCAACAGCAGCAGCAACAACAGCAGCAGCAGCAAUUGCUGGCGCUGCAGCAGCAACAACAACAGAAACUGCCCAGAAGGAUAAUCAACUUUGGCAGCAACCAUGCUGCCAACACUGCCACCAAAGGAUUGGGAGCUGGAGCUGGAAUGGGCAUGGCCACAGCAACAGCAACAACUACGGCAACAGCAACAGCAACACCUGGACGCAAUCGCCAACUGGGCCUGAGUCAGGGUCAAGUGGCGAAUGCCAGGACAGUGCGUCUGCUCAACGGCAACUGUUGCGGCCGAUUGCAGGCGAUAGCAGCAACAGGGGCCGGCAGCAACACGGUCAACAUUCAGACCCAGACCGACGAUGAGUUGCUGCCGCUGCAAGCCAUGCCCCCACAACAAGCAGCUCCCACAACAACAGCAACAUCCACAACAGCAACAGCAACAUCAACAACAACAGCAGCAACAUCUUUAUCAUUAUCAGCCACACCAUCAUCAUCAUCAUCAACAACGAUUUCAUUAGCAACACGUGCAGCAGCAGCAGCAAUGCAGCAGCAGCAGCAACAAUGGACUGCCGUGUCGACGACGCCAGCAACAGGAGUGAUGAUGACGACGACGACGACACAAUCACAAGCAACAUUAGCACCACAACAACAGCAACGACCACUGCCACAACAACAACAACAAUUAAAUACGAAAAUCAACAGAACAAGAACAGCAACAACAACAACAACAGCACCAACAACACAACACAACCGCAACAUCAACAACAACAACAGCAACAACUACAACUUCAACAAUAACUAUAUGAAUAACAAUAAUAUUAACGCCGCCACUGCCAGAGCCUCUGCCUCUGUCUCCGCCUCUGCCACAGCCACGCCCACUGCCACGCCCCCGCGCCAACGACAGCCCACGCGCACGCCCACAGCCACCUCAGCUUCUGUUACUGUAGUUGUGUUCAAAACAAUGUUACCUGAUGACUGAAUUAUUUUAGAAUCGUACACGUAGAGCAUGUUUUAUUAUGAUUACCACUAUGAUUACCACUUACGAUUUACGAUUACGAUUAUGAUUAUGAUUACGAUUACGAUUAUGAUUAUGAGUAUGUCUGGAUAUCAUUACCUAUUAACUAUUCAUUAGUUAUGGCUUAUCGAUUAUUACUAUUAUUACUAUUACUAUUGCUACAUGCAUAAUGUAGAGCCUAAUUGAUCUAUCGUGUAUUUUAGUUUGUCUAAUUGUUGGAUCCCUGUACUAUAUCCCAUACACACACACACUCACCCAUAUUUGAUCCUCACCCCCAAACAAUCCAUACACACACACACACACAACCGUACUAAGGAAGAUAUGCAUAUGCAUAUGCAUACACGCAUAUGCGAAGUUGAAACAUUUUAAUCAUGUAAUUUUUUUUUUGUGUUUUUGCUGAGAGGAGAUAAACGAUAAGGACGAUCAGCAGCAGCAAUUUGGAGUGUUAAAUUAGUAGGAUUAUGAGUAUGUAGCGAGUACGUAGCGAGUAUGUAACGAGAAUGUAACGAGUAUGUAAUGUUUACGUAGCCACAAUGCCACACACAGCUAUAGCAAGCAUUUAGGAUGCGUGCAUAUGUCAGUUAUCUAUUUUUUUUUAACUAAAACUCUAUGUAAAGUAUAGGCUCAUGCACAUAUAUAUUUAUAUAUAUAAAUUGCAUAACAAGAGAGAGAGAGAUGGAGUGAGUAGCAGAAGGAGAGCGAAGCAGGGCGGGAGAUUCAACCACAUAAAGUAUAAAUAGUAGAGUCCAAGUAGCUAGUUUAGUGUACAUCCGUUUUUGGGCAGAGAAGUAGAGCAAUUUGUCAAUGAGAGGGGGUGGUGGGGUGUGCGGAAACGGUAACGGUAAUGGAAACGAAAGUUAGCGCAAAACGGAAACGGAAACGGAAACUGUACUGCCAGAUCGGAAUCACACAUCAACCAUUAAGAGAACUUCGCUCGCAACUCUUGCAGAAUUAUACUGUUAGAUACUGUUAGUUAUCGAACCCAAAACCUAAAACCCCAAACUCUGACCCACACACACACAUACACACACACACACACUAUAUCUAAGUUAAGAACGCAUAAUCACAUACUACACAUAAAUUACGCAUAGUACAUACAACAAGAGAAAGUUUAAGAAGAGAAAUGAAUAAGAAAAACAAAAAAAACAAUGAUAAGAAAAGAAAGAAACAAAAGGAUUAUUUUUUUUUUUUUUGUGUAAGCCCGAUUGCGCAAUUGUAUAUCGUAAUCAUGUUGUCGUCGCAACCCCAAACGCCUAUCGGUAUUGAUGCCCGGAUUGUUAUCAAUAUCGUCGUACUACGUUUUAUUUUGUAAAUGUAUUAAUUUUGUUGAUUUUUUUGCUGUCUGUAUACAUUUUUUUAACAACAUUUUUGAAUAAAUGUAAUUCUUGAAUA